UCGGUUGGAAUCGGUGAAUUGGUGAAAUUUUUGUUUCUAGAAAUCAACUAAUCCGUCAAAGAUGGUUUAUUCCCUUAAUGAUGAAGGAAAAUGGGUUCUCUUGUUGCUAAUAAAAUAAUGGUAUUUAUUUUGUUUCUUAGAAAGAAAAAAAAGACUAAUUUAAUUUGGUUGGUCACACACAACCGUUUUCAUCGGAAGAAGAACAAGUUGGAUUGAUUUUGCUUUGGAUCUCACAUCUGAGAUCAGAUUAAUCUCUCUGUGAAGUCGAAGAACGAAACCCUAGUUCCCAUGGAUCUCUCUUCACGCUUCUCAUCGAUCCUUAUCCUUCUCUUGAUCUCCAUCUCCAUAGCUUCGGCUGAGAUUCGUAAAUCAGAGAUCCGAUCCGAUGAUCGUCCAAUCAUCCCUUUAGACGAAUUCGGUUUCACUCACAGCGGUCGUCUUGAGCUUGACGCUUCCAAGAUCUGGCUUUCCAACAGCAAUCCCGAUCUCGAUCUCUCCAAAGUGGGCUUCUUUCUCUGCACUAGAGACGCUUGGGUUCAUGUGAUCCAACAGCUUGAAGAAGAAGAGAUCACGUGCGCUCUACAAUCAGAUCUCGUUAAGCAUGUGUUCACCUUCAACAAUCUCAAGGGAGGAGAUAAGAGCAGAUUCUCCACCGUAUUCACCGAGAACGAUGCGGAUCAGUACUCUCUCGUCUUCGCUAAUUGUCUCCAACAGGUCAAAAUCAGUAUGGAUGUUAGAUCCGCUAUGUAUAACCUUGAAGGUAAAAAGGGAGGUCGUGAUUAUCUCUCUGCUGGAAGAACUGUUCUUCCUAAGGUCUAUUUCUUAUUCUCUGUUAUCUAUUUCUCUCUCGCCGCCACGUGGAUCUACGUUCUCUAUAAGAAACGUCUCACUGUUUUCGCAAUCCAUUUCUUCAUGUUGGGAGUUGUUGUCUUGAAAGCUUUGAACCUUCUUUGUGAGGCUGAGGAUAAGUCGUACAUUAAGAAAACUGGAACUGCUCAUGGUUGGGAUGUCUUGUUCUACAUUUUCAAUUUCCUUAAGGGUAUCACUCUUUUCACUUUGAUCGUCUUGAUCGGCACCGGUUGGUCUUUCUUGAAGCCCUACUUGCAGGACAAGGAAAAGAAGGUCUUGAUGAUUGUCAUUCCUCUCCAGGUUGUCGCUAACUUUGCUCAGGUGGUUAUCGAUGAGACUGGACCGUAUGGCCAAGAUUGGGUCACGUGGAAACAGAUCUUUUUGCUUGUUGAUGUCGUCUGUUGCUGUGCUGUUCUGUUUCCCAUUGUCUGGUCCAUCAAAAACUUGCGUGAGGCGGCUAAGACUGACGGGAAGGCUGCUGUGAACCUCGUUAAGUUAACUCUGUUUAGGCAGUACUACAUUGUGGUUAUCUGCUACAUCUACUUCACUCGUGUUGUUGUGUAUGCACUGGAGACCAUUACCUCUUACAAGUAUAUGUGGACUAGUGUUGUUGCCAGCGAGUUAGCCACACUUGCCUUCUAUCUGUUUACUGGCUACAAGUUCAGGCCAGAGGUGCAUAACCCGUACUUUGUUGUUGACGAUGAGGAAGAAGAGGCUGCUGCUGAGGCUCUGAAGCUUGAAGACGAGUUUGAAUUGUAAGUCAUCACUGGAAUAAUCGUGUCACGUGUGAGUCAGUAAAAAGAAACAUACUUUGUUUGACAGGAUGAUUGAGAGUAAACCGGAUCAUCAGCUGCCUGCUAAACCGCCUUCUCUUCUUUGGUUUUUUCCUCUUGUUAUCUUUAUUAGAAUGCAAUACCUGUUUUGUUUUUACUUGAAUUGUUAGGAUACUUAUAUAGACUCUAUGAAUGUCUUGUCCCCCAAUGCAUAGUAUGUGUAUUACUGGUAACAUAAAACGCUUGGUGCUGCUCGUUAUACUUAAUCUGAGUCUCUGCUUUUCAUUUGAUAGACAAAAUGGCUGAUUAGAAAAGUUGCUUAAGGAAGCAAACUUUGUUCACUACUAUUUGCCUUGUUGGAUCUGUAUUUAUAUCUUUGUCUGAAGUGACAGACGAAAGAAUUGGUAUAGUGUGUGGAGGUGGAAGAGAUUAACAUUGAAUGUUUGGUGGACCAUAGAGAUUGAUUGGUCACAUAAAUACAAAAAGUUUGGCGGAAAUUAGGUGUACGAAUGCGGAGGUGAUUUAUUGAAGGGAAUACAUAUUUUGGACCUUGAAAAACCGGAUCUGUACCGGUUUGGGAAGGAAGGGUUACCGUCCAGUGUAUCGGAUUGCUUCUUCAGAAUCCGGUGCCGUCGAUGUGCUUGUUGGGGGGACUAGCUUUCUGGGAGUCUUGUGGUGGGUUGGUGCGCCGGUGGGGUUGAUUCGAGGACGAAAACCGGUCUCUUUCGUCGGAGUUUCUCGAGCAUCGGUUGCGGCCUCGAAACUGUAGGGCUUGAGCCCGCCGGAUCUAAUGCUCCGGUCUCUCUGCUAGCUUCCAUCAACAAGCGGCGAUCUUCCUUCUUUGCCGACAUGUUUUCCGAUUUGCUAAUUUUGUAACUGGAUUUGAUGUUGUUUUUGUUGCGGCCCAAGCCCAUUUGGGAUGAGGAUUAAUAAUAUUU